CCGGCCGCCCAAGUUUAACAGUCCAGGCGGGAGCCGGAAGCGCAGCGAGGAGCGGGUGGAGCCGGGGCCCCCCGUGUGGUCCCCACGCCUGAGAGGCUCAGUCAUGCAGGAAAACCUCAGAUUUGCUUCAUCAGGAGAUGAUAUUAAAAUAUGGGAUGCUUCGUCUAUGACAUUGGUGGACAAAUUCAACCCCCACACGUCACCACAUGGAAUCAGUUCAAUAUGUUGGAGCAGCAAUAAUAACUUCCUAGUGACAGCCUCUUCCAGUGGUGACAAAAUAGUGGUGUCAAGUUGCAAAUGUAAACCGGUUCCACUUUUGGAGCUUGCUGAAGGGCAAAAGCAGACAUGUGUCGAUUUAAAUUCCACAUCAAUGUAUUUGGCAAGUGGAGGCCUAAAUAACACUGUUAAUAUUUGGGAUUUAAAGUCAAAACGAGUUCAUCGUUCUCUUAAGGAUCAUAAAGGUGAAGUAACUUGUGUGGCAUACAAUUGGAAUGAUUGCUACAUUGCUUCUGGGUCUCUCAGUGGUGAGAUCAUUUUGCACAGCGUAACCACUAAUAUAUCCAGUACACCUUUUGGCCAUGGGAGUAGCCAGCCUGUCCGGCACAUGAAGUACUCCUUAUUUAGGAAGUCUCUCCUGGGCAGUGUUUCGGAUAACGGAGUAGUGACCCUCUGGGAUGUGAACAGUCAGAAUUCAUACCACUGCUUUGACACUACACACAAGGCUCCAGCAUCAGGCAUCUGCUUCUCACCUGUCAAUGAAUUGCUGUUUGUCACCAUAGGCUUGGAUAAAAGAAUCAUCCUGUAUGACACUUCAAGUAAGAAGCUGGUGAAGACUCUAGUGGCUGACGCCCCUCUGACUGCAGUAGACUUUAUGCCUGAUGGAGCCACUCUGGCUGUUGGGUCGUCCCGGGGGAAAAUCUAUCAGUAUGACCUGAGGAUGCUGAAAUCCCCUGUGAAAACCAUCAGUGCCCACAAGACAUCUGUGCAAUGUAUAGCAUUUCAGUACUCCACGUCUCUGAUGAAGGCAAGUUUAAGUAAAGGCUGCUCAAAUAAGGCCACAUCAGGGAACAAACGGAGUGUUGCUGUGAGCAGCGGCAGUGGGGCCGCUCAGAAUUCUGGAACUGUCAGAGAAGCAACCACCCCUUCCAUUGCCACAGUUCUCCCACAGCCCGUGACGACAGCAGCGGGCAGGGGCGGUGCUGCUCAGGACAAAGCAGGCCUGCCUCGAAGCAUAAAUACAGAUAUUUUAUCUAAGGAAACAGAUGGUGGAAAAAGCCAAGAUUUCUCCAGCUUUGAUGAUACUGGGAAAAGCAGUUUAGGGGACAUGUUCUCACCAGUCAGAGAUGAUGGUGUAGUUAACAAAGGAGGUGAUGAAUCUAUAGGCAAAGGCGAUGGCCUGGACUUUCUGUCACAGCUGAACUCUGUGUUCCCCCCGAGAAAGAAUGCAGUCACUUCCGGCACUCUGGUCCUGCACUCCAGUCCUCUUAGUGUCUUUACGGGAUCCCCAGCGAAAGAAGAGAAUGAAAGUCAUGAGCUGACAGCUGAGGCAAAGAAAACUUACUCGGGGAAGCAGGAGCCUAAGGAGUCCCUGAAGCAGUUUACAAAGUUGAUCUCUGGUGCUGAACCUGGAAUUCUAAAUACCUCUCCAUCAUCUAACCAAACAAGAAAUCUUGAAAAAUAUGAAAAGCCCGAAAAAGAGAUUGAAGCCCAGUUGAUACAUGAGCCCUCCGUCAACGGGUCCUCAGCUCCAAUUCCGAAGGUCGCUCCCUCUGUCAUUGCUGGAGUAGCCAGUUCCCUCUCAGAAAAAAUAGUCGAUACCAUCGGGAACAGUCGGCCAAAUGCACCACUGACCUCGGUUCAAAUCCGCUUCAUUCAGAACAUGAUACAAGAAACUCUGGAUGACUUCAGGGAAGCUUGCCAUAGGGAUAUUGUGAAUUUGCAAGUGGAGAUGAUUAAACAGUUUCAUAUACAACUGGAUGAAAUGCACUCUUUGCUGGAAAGAUACUCAGUGAAUGAAGGCUUGGUGGCUGAAAUCGAAAGGCUUCGAGAAGAGAACAGAAGACUCCGGGCCCACUUCUGAGGACUCGGACUACCCUCAUUUUUUAUGAGUUGGGAAGUUUCUGGCACCUAGGAGUGACACACAUUCAGUAUUGUUUUCAUGGCCUUGACAAUGGAUGCUGCCGCAGGCCCGAUUCCAUCUGUCAGACAUAUUGAUAUUUUUAUAUCACAACUGCACGGAGUACUGUCUUCCUGAGAGGGAAGUCAGCCGGAUCUUUAUGUUCUGAACGCCUUAGCUGUACACUAAGUGCCCUUCUCCUAAGAGAAGAAAAUGUGCGUAGAAGGAUAGGUUUAUGUUUUGUAAGUGACUUUUUAAAACAGAUAUAUUUUUGAUGGACAGAUUGUAUUUUUUUUUUUUUUUAGGAAGCCAACUUUUAAAACAUUGGUCUACCUUCUGUUUCAUGAAGAAAUAACUUUAAAGUGGCAAUUGGAUUUUUUCAUGCUAUCGAUUAGUCAUUAUUUUGUUAGCAUGAUAACAUCAAGUAUGACUUAUUUAUUGCUUGUGUGUAUGGUACAUCUUGAAGCUUUGGGUUGUACAGAUACAUACAUGGUAUCUUUGGCAUUUCUGUCGCUGUGUUCUGAGGGCUCUAACUUUACACAGGAAAAACUCCUAAGGGUUGGAAAUUCAAGGGCUACACAUCUGAUUGUCUAAUGAAUUAACAGUGUGCAAAAUCAUACUAUAAGGUUUGAAUCACUAUGGCUCAGCUUAUAAUCAAUGAAAAUUUAUUGUAAGAUACUAAAUAUCACAAUAUUGUUGCCACUUUUUCCUCACAAAUAAAAAGCAUAGAUUUUUU